AUGGACACCUUGUCCACGUAUCUGUCGAACUGGCGCUUGAAGCUCUCUGUGGCCAAAACCAUGUCCUCCGCAUUCCAUCUCAACAACAGAGAGGCAAGCCGCGAGCUCAACAUCAUCGUCAACAACAACAGACUCCAGUUCCAGGCCACUCCGACAUACCUAGGGGUCAAGCUCGAUCGCACACUGACAUACCGCCAACACCUGGGAAAUGUGUCAGCAAAGACAUCAGCCCGCGUUGCCCUCAUACGACGGCUAGCUGGCACAACUUGGGGUGCAUCGACUAAGACACUGCGCAUCUCCACCCAAGCGCUGGUCUUCUCCGCCGCUGAGUAUUGCGCCCCAGUCUGGUGUAGGAGCACCCACACCAAGAAGCUGGACAUUACACUCAACAAUGCCCUGCGCACGGUCUCCGGCUGCCUGCGCGCCACACUGGUCAACCAACUACCAAUCCUCGCAGGCAUUGCCCCACCAUCUCUACGUCGAGAAGCCGCCAUCCUGGCACUGUCGCAUAAGGCCACCAAUGACGACAACCAUCUUCUCUACAAAACUGCCACAGAGAUCCCACACCGCGCCCGCCUAAAGUCACGACGUCCUUUCAAGGAGCACGUCCACCAGCUUCUGUGCUCCGUACCACCUGACAUUUCCAAAAGGCUAUGGCUCAAACGGUGCUGGACAGAAGAGUGGCAAACAGCAGACCAUUCCAGGCUGCACCGUUUCUUGGACGAGCCAGGCGAGCUGCUCGGUGAAGACCUGCCGCGCAAACAGUGGACAAUGCUGAACCGCCUCAGAACCAGCGUAGGCCGCUUCGCCGCGACUAUGAAAGGCUGGGGGCUCAGGGACUCCGCCGCAUGCGACUGUGGCCACCCAGAGCAGUCAGUUGACCAUAUAAUCGAGUCCUGUCCACAGCACCGGCCACCCCACGGCGAACAUAACAUUAUCACCCUGGACGCUGACACAAAGACAUGGCUUUUCUCCACCAAGUUGCAGGUGUGA